ACACACACAGAAGGUAGAAGGUAGAAAGUACAGGACAGGACAGGACAGGAUAGGACAAGAGAGGAGAGGAGAGGACAUGAAAAUAAACAAGUAGACAAACAACGCCUUGAAGACUAAUCACCAUCAUCAUCAUCAUCACUAUAGGUAAUCAUAAUUAGAAUGAGGAUGAGAGAGACUGAUAUGAUUAGAAUGAAGGGUGAGAAGAAAGUGAAAUUAAAGUCUGAUCAGCUAUCCUAUUUUAGUAUUAUUUAUUGUAAAUAACUCUUCCACAUCUGUCUUCCGUUGUGUGUGCAUUUGGUUUUUUUUUUCACCGUGUCUCUCACUUCCAACCCUCAACUCCCAUCUCCACUCUCCACCCCACGCCACAGCAUUUUGCACAAAACAACCACAUCUUCUAUUACCUAUCUAUUUACUUAUUUACCAAUCUAUUAUUAUUAUUUUCAUUAUUAUAUAAAAAGGGAAGUAGUUCACACACCUACUGACGAUAAUAUAAUAUCCCACACAAAAAGAAGCCAGUUGUGUAAUAAAUAAGUAAUGAUGACAACGAUAACGAAUGCUACACAGACGGCAACACCAUUAGCAACCUCAGCAUUAGCGGCGGCAGCGGCAAUGGAAUUAACAAAAUCAUCGGAUUUAUGCUUUCUUACCAAUGUGAUGGGCUCGAACAGUGAUGAUGAUGAUAAUAAUAACAGUACUACUGUAAACCUUAGUAAUCAUAAUGAAAACAAUAAUAGUAAUAAUAAUCAUGAUAAUAUUCAUACGAACAGUCAUCAUAAUAUAACUUUGGAGCAUUUGAAACGACAGUUUAAUUUCCCGGUUAAAUUAUUCACAGAGAAUGAAAAUAUUAAAACAAUUAUGAAACAAAUUCAAAUGAUGCAUAGUCAACACAACCACCACCACCAGCAGGAGCAACAACCACAUCAAUCCCCACCAAUGUCAUCGUCGACAUCUUCCUCAUCAUCCUCAACAUCCUCGUCAUCCUCAUCAACAUCAACGUCGUUCAUGAUGGUAAAUAAUUCAAAUGAAUGUUUACAACAAAUGAAUCAAUUAAAGAAUCCACUGAAUUCUUGUGAAUUUGAACAAGAGACUGAAGGUCAAAAAUCAUUUCUCAUCUCUGAUUUAUUGAAUUCAAGUAGUAGUGUUAAUGAUGAAAAAGGAAAAUUGUCAAUGAUUGAUUCAAGUGGUGAAAAUCAAUUUUUCACACAAUCUAAUCAACAAAAAUCAAUCACUGAUUCAAUCAAUUAUAAUAUUUUGAAAAGGAAUUCGUCAUCACCUCCCUCUCCUCUUCCUCCAACUACUACUACUACCGCUAUCUCUUCUUCGCCUUCUUUAUCUUCAAAUCAACUUCAAACAUCUCAUCAAUUUGCAAGUACAUCACCUCCAUUAUCAUCAUCAUUAUCAUCUAAUCAUCAAUCAAUACAAAACAUUAAAGAUAUAAAUUUAAAUUUUAAAUCAUGUAAACGUAGAUUAACUGGCACUGAUAACACUUUACACCAUAAUAAUAUGAAUGAUUUAAAAAUUAAACGUUCUCGUGAAAUGCUUACAAAUGAAUCUAAACAGUCUAUACAAUUCUGUAGAUCUGUAGAAGAUAAAUUGUCCGAAAGAAAGAGAAAAUAUGAUGAAAAUAAAACUUUAGAUUACAAUGAUGACGGUGGUGAUGAUGAAUGUUGUUUAAACAAACAACAAAAUCAUCUACACCAACCUAAUCAUCAGCAAGAUCAACAAUAUGACUAUUUAAAUGGACAAAAUACAAAAAAUCAAUAUCGAUUUAAUCCUUCUUAUGCAUCCCAGUUAGAAUUGAUCGAUAAGAUAAAUUCAAAUUAUAAUCAAUAUAAUAAUAUCAAUAGUAAUAAUAAUAAUAAUAGUGUUGAUACUUGUAAUUUGUAUGAACUUGACGAUGAUACUGGAGAGGAGAAUGAAGAAAUGAACGAUCCAGAUGAUAAAAGUGAUGAAGACGAAGUUGAACAUGAUGAGGAAGAUGAGGAGGACAGAGAAAGUGAUUAUGAUUCAGAUAAUCUUAAGAGUUAUAGUGUUAAAAAAACUUUGAAAUCUACUAACACUACAGAAUCAAAUAAUAAUGAUAAUAAAAAUACAAAUGAGCUAAAUAUGAAACCAAGACGUGCAAGAACCGCUUUCACUUAUGAACAAUUAGUAACAUUAGAGAAUAAAUUUAAAAUGACACGUUAUUUAUCUGUAUGUGAACGUUUAAAUCUAGCGCUAUCGCUGAAUUUAACAGAGACACAAGUGAAAAUAUGGUUUCAGAAUAGACGUACAAAAUGGAAAAAACAAAAUCCUGGUAAAGAUGUAAAUAUACAAAAUGAUAAGCUGUUUCUUUCAAAAACAAUGAUCCCCUCGUCACAACAACAACAACAACACCAACACCAACAAACAUCUCAUCAUUCACAACCGGUAUCUUCAACUCCACCAUCAAUGAAACCGUCGAUAACGAAUUUAUUUCCAACAAUGCCAUCUCUGACGAAUAUUCAAUCAUCAAUGGAUCUUCAUCAACAUAGUCUACCGUAUUUAUCUCAGACGAAUUCAUUACAAAGUUUUCAGUCAAGUAUGGAGAGUGAUAUGACAACGCAGUUAUCUAAAUUCUAUUAUGAUACAUCAUCAUUGUCUAGUCAAGGACAGAAAGAACCUUUGUCAACAUUUGAUUUUUUACGUACAAUGAAUUAUUUGAUGAAAGGUGGUUCAUUAAUCAAUAAAGAAUCGAUAAAUUCACAGUUGAAUUCACCAGAUUUUAGUCAUUAUUCUGGUGUUUUAGACUACUAUCAACAAAUAUGGUCAUGUCUCAAUAAAAACAAUAAUAAUAAUAGUAAUAGUAGCAAUAGGGUGAAUAAUUUACAAUCAUCAAAUAUUGAAACAUUCACUAACACCAGAAAUGAUUCAGUUGGUUCAAUAGAAAAUAUUCCUGUAUCGCAUCCAUUGAAUUUUGAUAAUUCCGCAUUAACGUUAUUUCAACAAGCUGACAGGAAUAAUAAUACUACUAAUAAUAAUAGUAAUGAGCAUCAUGAUAAGUCUACUGCCAAUAAUAAUAAUGUUGAAUCUUCACGGGAUCAUAAUUCACCGACUCCUACUAAAAGUGUAUUCAACACCUCAACAAUGCCAUCGUAUACUGAAACAUUCCCAUUAUCGUUACAAUCAAUAUUUACUUCUCAGUCUACACUAUCAGAUUUGUUUAAAUGGCGUCAAGGUGAAGUGAUGCCACAUUUGAAUGGACUGUCGGAAGUUGGUCAGUCGAGACAAGAAAUCAAUAUAACACAGAAUGAACAUCAGACUGAACAGAACACUUCUCAGCCUACUACGGGUGGUGGUAAUGAAAAUGAGAGUUUUUGGAAGAAAAACCCAAUCAAUACAGCUGCCUACGCUAUGCUAGCUGCUUCAUUUGAAUCAACCAACUUAAAUCAAUAUUUAAAUCAAUGGACAGAAGAUCAGAAAGAACUUUUAAAUUCAUUAUCAAAUUAUAUACAAACAAGUCUACCAACAGAUUGUAGCGGUAACCAUAGUAAUAAUAACAGUAGUAAUAAUCUUAAAUCAGAAUAUUCAAAAAUCAAUGAAGAUCCGCUUUAUCCAUUGAUGAGAAGUCCAUCAGGUAGACAUCAACACCAUUCCAUAAUAUCUUCAACAUUAUCCUCACCAUCCUCAUCGUCAACUUCAUCACCGCAUACAACAAACCAUUUAUUUCAUAGUGAACAGCAACACCACCAACAACAACAACAACACUCUUCACCUCAGAUGUUAAUUUAA